UGGGGGAAAUCGGGCUUGGGUCGGCCGGCUUCGUAUGUAGCCGGCCCUGCAUCGCUGAUGACGCCGAGUGUUGAAACAUCGCCAGUCCCGGAUCACCCAGGGAUCCGCCCUUUCCCGCUCGCUCGCUCACUUGGGUCAUCGAGCUGGGCCGUGAGGCGGGCAAACGAGGGAGAGGAGAGCCAGCGCCGCACGAUGGCCUCCCGGUCCUGAUCUGAUCUCGUCCCGCCUGGCCCUCGUCUCAGGCAGCCUGACGACACCGAUCCCACUCGCCAGAUCUCUCUCUUUGCGAAUCGCACACGCGACCAAGCAUGAUCACCGACCAGCCCGAGACGAUAGCCCAGGCUUCCGAGCUCACACAGGGCGAAUGCAGCAAGGCUAAAAGUGAGCUCGAGGAAAAGAUGUUUGGAUUUACUUUUCUGGAAAAUUCCAAGUUUCCAGGCUUUGACCACAAAGAUAUCCAAGAGCUUCUGUAUAAAUGGGGCAUGCGAGACCACUGCUACCUCAAGCGAUUCAGCUACGACCGAUUCCUCCAGCCGUAUGAGAUGGACCAGUUCCUGCUCGAAUUCUUCAACGACGGCAAUGUGCAGCCACAUAUCCGGGUCCUGUCGACCAUGGAUCGCUGGGGCACCCUCGGCAAGGUCACCAAGGUCCACAAGCAGACCUGUAACCACACCGUGGUGACGCUGAGCUUCUUCGACAGGCUCUACGAGCACGGCAUCGUACGCAAGACGGGCGAAAUCAAGAAGUGCUUUGACGAGUACCACGAUGGCUUUGUGGUCUCGGAUGAGCUCCGAAAGUGCUUGCUGAUGCCCGAGUUCGAGACCUUUGCGCUGUUUUCACCCGAGGACCGGUCCGAGUUCAUCUUUGCGCUCUUCAAGGGUCUCUGCUUGGGCGGCCGCGUCAAUCAGUACGAGGAUUUUCUGGAUCCCUAUCUUGAUGCUACCAAGCGCAUCUACAAGGAUCUGAUCAGUGUGUCCAAAGACUCUGCAACGGGGCAGCUCGCAGUGGCCUCGCAUGUCCAUCGAAUCGAUGCGCUCGACAGCGCACUGUCGCCCCUGUUCCCCAUGGAGCACCCGCAGAACUUUUGCUAUGUCGCGAUCGAUCCGCUCAGGAGACAUGUCAAUGUGUUCUACCACGCCUCGGACAGCUACUACUCUUGAUAUCCCGCGUGGUGCAUAUCUUUUCGCU